GCAAUAGUCGUGGCAGUCAGGAGACACUUCCCUACAACCAAGAGCACAAUUGUGGUUUCUUCACGAGACCUGGAGAUAAUAACAGAACCAGAAGACGAUGGAGAUGCUUUUUUUCCUUUGCCAGUUUUUGUUGGCAGCAGGUCUACAUCCUUGCUCCAGGAGCACAACCACGUAUUCUGGCAUGAAACCACCUGCAAGUAAACAUGUCCAGAGUUUCAGACGGAUGAAACGGGAAUGGGUCAUCCCUGACAUCAACGUCCCAGAGAAUGACAGAGGUCCAUUCCCCAAGUUCAUGAUUAAGAUUAAAUCGAGCAACGAGGAAAAGGUGGCCAUCACCUACCGGGUGGAAGGCCCCGGGGCCAACCGGGCCCCCGAGGGCGUCUUCACCGUGGAUCGGCGCUCUGGCGUUCUGUACGUGACUCAGCCACUUGACAGGGAGAAAAUAAGCAGAUACGUUCUAAUGGCUCACGCUACGGUCGAUGGCUCCAAGGUCGAAGAACCAAUGGAGCUGGUCAUCAAUGUGCUGGAUCAGAACGACAACACCCCGGAAUGCACUGGCACGCCUUUUUAUGGAAACGUCAGCGAAAGCGCACAAGUUGGUGAGUCAUUCAUGAGGAUAACAGCAGUGGACAAGGAUGCUCCCAAUACGGACAAUACAGACAUUCGGUAUCGACUUAACAGUCAGAUGCCUCCCAGUCCCAAAGACAAAAUGUUUAGCAUCAAUCCAGUCAGCGGAUUGAUCAGCACGAUGGCAGAGGGGCUCGACAGAGAGACCCAGCCAAAGUACAAGCUGAUCAUGGAGGCUGCAGACAUGGCAGGGGAGGGUCUCCGCACCACAUGUACCGCCAUCAUCAGCAUCACUGACACCAAUGAUCACGCCCCACAAUUCAUCUUCACGUCAAUGUCUGCCUCGACACCUGAAAAUGAUGUUGGCCGGGAGGUGCUAAGGCUAACGGCGACUGACGAGGACGAGUUGGGAACACCCAACGGCAACACCAAAUACGUAAUUGUCAAAGGCAACCACGGAGGCCACUUCAGCAUCGAAACAGGACCCUCGAAAAUGGAGGGAAUACUCACUACAGCCAAGGCUGUGGACUUUGAGCGUGAGCCUGUGGUCACACUGCUGCUGGUGGUGACAAACGACGCUCCGUUUACUGCGCCUGUGUCCACCUCCACAUCCACAGUCACAGUAACGGUCUUAGACCAGAAUGAGCCACCUAUUUUCACACCAUCGCUCAUCUACCGGAUCAUCUCGGAGGGCCCGCCAGAGGGGGGUCCAGUGGCAGACCUCAGAGCCGAGGACCCAGACACCGCAAAGCACCAGCGUGUCAGAUACGCACUCCACAAUGAUUCUGCCAGGUGGUUGGAUAUUGAUAAGGAUACAGGAUCAAUCACAGUGAAAGGCAACAUGGACAGAGAGUCUCCGCAUGUCAAAGACAACAAGUACACUGUGCUGGUUUUGGCCUAUGACAAUGACACAGUGCCAGCUACCGGGACAGGCACUCUGCUCGUGAAUUUAUUGGAUGUGAAUGACCACCGUCCGGUGAUCAAACAGAGGAAAGUCAGGCUAUGUAACAGGGAGCCCUCCCCCACCCUGCUAGACCUGGAGGACCGGGAUGGACCGGGUCAUGCCGGACCCUUCACCGUGGAGCUUCAUGGGGACCACCGCAUUAACUGGACUGUUGGCAUCAACUCCACAACUCAUCAUUGUGCUCUCCCAGGCCAUGUGGCCAAGUUGUCUCCCAGACGGGUGUUGUCUCCUGGAGACUACCAGGUGGUGAUGCGCGUCUAUGAUGCUGACAUGCUCUACCAGGACAGUUCUGUCCAUGUGGAGGUUUGUCCGUGUCAAGGAGAUGUCAUCAACUGCUUUGUGCCACAAGAAUCUCCUCAAGGACUACAUCACCUCCGCUCCUUGGCCACAUCUGCUCUGGGAACAAUUCUUGGCCUUUUGAUCCUGCUGCUGUUACUGCUGCUUUUGGUGAGGAGGAGGAGAGGCAGGUGUGACAAAGAUGUCCACGCUGCUCUGCUUGAGGACGUGCCGAGAGACAACGUCUUCUACUAUGACGACGAGGGAGGCGGCGAAGACGAUCAGGAGUACGACUUGGGACAACUGCACAGAGGACUGGACCAGCGCCCUGCGGUCAUCUGCACAGAUGUUCUCCCGAGUGUUCACAGUGUCCACCUAAACCGUCGAGCCAAUGACGACGUCAACAAAUUCAUUGACGAAAAGGUGUGCGCUGCAGACACCGACCCCACGGCGCCCCCUUAUGACUCGCUCCUGGUGUUCAACUACGAGGGGCUCGGCUCACAGGCGACUUCGCUCAGCUCCAUCCAGUCCAACGACUCGGACGAGGAGCAGGAUUUAGUUGAGUUGCACCUGUGGGGACCAUGCUUUCGCAGGCUGGCUGACAUGUACGCAGGCAGGGAGGACGAUGAUGACUUGCAAACAGUGCCGGGAAAAACAGAGUGGGUCUGAGAGCAUGUGAAAGUGUUGUUAUUCUUUAUUAAAAUGAAAAUUCAAUCGUGUCAUUAACGUAACAAUAAUCUUAUUAGGAAGUCUAAAGGAUUGUACUUUUGCAGGGUUUAUGCAAUGAGAAGAAUUGUCGUUAGCACUUUUGGCAUGGAAAGUCACUUUUUAAAAGAGCAUACUACAUACAUCCCUUAAAGCGCA